UGGAAUGACGAAAAAGGGCAGUCGAGGCGAAAAACAAAAUAAUAACACCGUCUCUCUGCUCUCGCCGGUGCUAACGCCGACGAUUCCAACUGCUCCACGUCUCUGAGAUAUUGUGGAGCAGAGGACAAUUGAGUAAAAGUUUUUUCCCAAGCACUGGUGAGACCAAUCAAACUACAGCUGGAGUCCAAUUCUCCUGCGUGGUUAACUGUUCUUUUUCUUCAUAUAAUCAAGGUAAAGGAUGGCAAAAAUUAGAGAUAGAACUGAGGAUUUCAAAGAUGUGGUCCGCCAAACAGCACUUUCUUUAGGAUAUAACGAGUCCAAAAUGGCAGCCAUACUGUCGUCUUUCAUUAUUCACAAACCUUUGCAAAGGACAUCUUUUACCAAAGCUGCCCUAAAGACGCUUGAAAGCAUCAGAACUUUGGAACAGUUCAUCAUGCAGCAUCGGAAGGAUUAUGUUGAUAUGCACCGUACAACUGAACAGGAAAGAGAUAGCAUUGAACAUGAAGUCACUAUUUUUAUUAAAGCAUGUAAAGACCAAAUAGAUAUUCUCAAGAAUAGUAUAAGUGGUGAAGAAGCUAACUCAAGGGGCUGGCUUGGCAUUAGGGGUGAUCAUUCUAAUGCUGAUACUAUUGCACACAAACAUGGGGUGGUUUUGAUUUUAAGUGAGAGGCUUCAUUCAGUAACAGCCCAGUUUGAUCAGCUAAGAGCUAUACGCUUUCAGGAUGCUAUUAAUAGACGGAUACCAAGAAAAAAAAUGAAACGGGUGUCCAGUUCAAAUGCUACAGAAAUCCCUAAAUCUAUCAAUUCAGAACUGAGGGAGCCUGAUGAGCCUCAGCCAGAGCCUCUUAGAGUUCAACAACAACUCUUGGAUGAUGAAACACGUGCUCUUCAGGUAGAGUUGUCUAGCCUUCUAGAUGCUGUUCAAGAAACAGAAACUCAGAUGGUGGAGAUGUCUGCAUUGAAUCACCUCAUGUCCACCCAUAUUCUGCAACAAGCUCAACAGAUAGAGCUUUUGUAUGAGCAGGCAGUCGAAGCUACAUCAAAUGUGGAGCUUGGUAACAAAGAGCUGUCUCAAGCCAUCCAGCGAAAUAGCAGCAGCAGAACCUUUCUUUUGCUUUUUCUAUUUGUACUUACCUUUUCAAUCAUCUUUCUUGAUUGGUAUAGUUAAGUGGUUGAUUUUUCUUGGUUUAUAUGUCCAUCAUUUUCAUCUUUUCUGCGUACUCCAAGAAAAGGAAAAAGAAAAGAAAAAGGAGGAAAUCCCAUCUUUGCCUUGUAGUGUUCGUAUAGCCCGGGGAUAUGAUACAUGGGUGGAAUGAAAUGGAAAAUGGAUCUAGAAUUUAAGUUAUUUCUAUUUUAUUUUCCAGUGA